AUGCUGGAGCAGGAUGAGAUGCUGAAGGGGAAGUAUUUCAUGCUGGACCGCGUCGAUGUGCACUGUGCCUGGGUGUCGCAAGCGGUGCUCGACUUGCUGCCCCGCGACCUGCCGGAUGAGGUUCCCGGUGGGGAGAUCGUGCGGACACCGGGGAUGGGCGUCUUCUGCGACAAUGCGAUGGAUCUGGUUACGCCGCUGUGGCCGAAACCCGGCGUCGAGAGGAAGAAGACGUAUAUUGCCUCGGCGAUGAAGGAGCUGCACAAGGUCGGGCUCGUGGGCAUGCAUGAUGCGGGCGUACUGCCGGGGGAUAUCGCCAUGUAUGACCAGAUGAGCCGGACGGAUGACUGGACGCUCAGGGUCUACGCCAUGGUCGAGUGCCCGGAGCGGAACAGCUUCUGCCCAGAGGAGGCGGCCAAGGUGGAGCAUCCGGAUGGCAUGCUCUCGGUCAGGAGCGUGAAGCUGUUUGCCGACGGCGCCCUGGGAAGCUGGGGCAGCGCCAUGAUCGAACCCUACUCGGACCGCCCGGACACGAGGGGCUCGCUUCUCGUCAACGCCUCGACCCUGACCUCCCUCGCCAGAUCCUGGUCUGCCGCCGGCUUCCAAGUCAACAUCCACGCCAUCGGCGACCUAGCCAACCGACUGGCCAUUGACGCUCUCGAGGCAUCCCUCCACGACCUCUGCCCCGACCAGGAGCAGAAGAACCUCUCCGCCUGCCAGUCCCGCCACCGCUUCCGCAUCGAACACUCCCAAAUCAUCCACCCGGCCGACCAGAAACGCAUGCACGACAUCGGCAUCAUCCCCUCGAUCCAGCCCACCCACGCCACCUCGGACAUGGCCUACGCCGCGCUCCGCCUCGGCGACGAGAGGAUCCGCACCGAGGCGUACCGCAUGCGCUCUCUGCUCGACAUCGGCCCCGUGCUGGGCAGCGACUUCCCCGUGGAACCGCCGAACCCGUUCGAGGGCGUGUACGCGGCCGUCAUGAGGAAGAAUCCGCGGACGGGCCGGGGGCCGCCGGGGUAUGAAGACGGGUGGCAUGUCGAAGAGGCUCUGAGUGUGGAACAGGCCCUGGACGGGUUUACGCGGGGGGCUGCGUGGGGCGCCUUUCUGGAGGGGAAGGCGGGCGUCAUCCAGGAGGGGGCGUUUGGUGAUUGGGUUGUGUUGGAUGAGGAUAUUGCGCAGGUUGGGGCGGAGGAGUUGAGGCAUCUGAACGUCCGCGAGACAUGGGUUGGCGGAAAGAGGGUUUAUCAGAGGAUUGGUGGGGAUGAGGGCGGGAGCAGAGAGAAGGAGGAUCUGUAG